AGAGGGUCGCCCCGGCCCUGCUUGGUCCCGCCCAAGCACCCGCCCACCCGCCUUCUUUUUAAGCGCCUCCCGCCCAGUCUUAGCUCCUUCAAGCUUCGCUGCGUUCCCUUCACCCACCUUCCAUCUCUCCCGUGCUCCGUUCCGUUCCCGUGACGACCCUGCAGCCCCCGCCCAGGUGCCAUGGCUGCUGUGUAUCGCUCCGGCCUGCGGCUUAGCUGGCAUGGGCUGAGCCCCUGUGGCUGGUCCUCACAGCGCAGCAUCCAGACCCUGCGAGUAUUCAGUGGAGACCUGGGCCGGAUGCCUGCUGGGGUUCGAGACUUUGUGGAGCGCAGUGCCCGCCUGUGCCAACCAGAAGGCAUCCACAUCUGCGAUGGGACUGAGGCCGAGAACACUGCCACACUGACCCUGCUGCAGCAGCAGGGACUCAUCCGAAAGCUCCCUAAGUACAAUAACUGCUGGCUGGCCCGCACAGACCCCAAGGAUGUGGCACGAGUAGAGAGCAAGACGGUGAUUGUAACUCCUUCUCAACGAGACACAGUGCCCCUCCCGGCCGGUGGGGCCCGGGGGCAGCUGGGCAACUGGAUGUCUCCAGCUGAGUUCCAGCAAGCUGUGGAUGAGAGGUUUCCAGGCUGCAUGCAGGGUAAUCAGGGCAGGGACACAGAGACAGGGACACUGGUGGCAUUAACAGGUGACAUUUCCUUCAGCUUCAUCCAGGUGACAUUUUCCUCCACAGGCCGAACCAUGUAUGUGCUUCCAUUCAGCAUGGGUCCUGUGGGGUCCCCACUGUCCCGCAUCGGAGUGCAGCUCACUGACUCGCCCUACGUGGUGGCAAGCAUGCGUAUUAUGACCCGGCUGGGGACACCUGUGCUUCAGGCCCUGGGAGAUGGUGACUUUGUCAAGUGUCUGCACUCCGUGGGCCAGCCCCUGACUGGGCCAGGGGAGCCGGUGAGCCAGUGGCCAUGCAACCCAGAGAAAACCCUGAUUGGCCAUGUGCCCGACCAACGGGAAAUCGUCUCCUUCGGCAGCGGCUAUGGUGGCAACUCCCUGCUGGGCAAGAAGUGCUUUGCCCUUCGCAUCGCCUCUCGGCUGGCCAGGGAUGAGGGCUGGCUAGCAGAGCACAUGCUGAUCCUGGGUAUCACCAGCCCUGCAGGGAAGAAGCACUAUGUGGCAGCCGCCUUCCCCAGUGCCUGUGGGAAGACAAACUUGGCCAUGAUGAGGCCAGCACUGCCAGGCUGGAAAGUGGAGUGUGUAGGGGAUGACAUCGCCUGGAUGAGGUUUGACAGUGAUGGUCGACUCCGGGCCAUCAACCCUGAGAAUGGCUUCUUCGGGGUGGCCCCCGGUACCUCUGCUACCACCAAUCCCAAUGCCAUGGCCACAAUCCAGAGUAAUACUCUUUUCACCAAUGUGGCUGAGACCAGCGACGGUGGCGUGUACUGGGAGGGCAUCGACCAGCCUCUUCCACCUGGUGUCACUGUCACCUCCUGGCUGGGCAAGGCCUGGAAACCUGGUGACAAGGAGCCCUGUGCACAUCCCAACUCUCGCUUUUGUGCCCCGGCUCGCCAGUGCCCCAUCAUGGACCCAGCCUGGGAGGCCCCUGAGGGUGUCCCUAUUGAUGCCAUCAUCUUUGGAGGCCGAAGACCCAAAGGAGUGCCCCUGGUAUAUGAGGCCUUCAAUUGGCGCCACGGAGUGUUUGUGGGCAGCGCCAUGCGCUCUGAGUCCACUGCUGCAGCUGAACACAAAGGGAAGGUGAUCAUGCACGACCCAUUUGCCAUGCGGCCCUUUUUUGGCUACAACUUUGGGCGAUACCUAGAACACUGGCUGAGCAUGGAGGGGCGCAAGGGGGUCCGACUGCCCCGCAUCUUCCAUGUCAACUGGUUCCGACGUGAUGAGGCGGGCCGCUUCCUGUGGCCAGGCUUUGGAGAGAAUUCUCGAGUGCUAGACUGGAUCUGCCGGCGGCUAGAGGGAGAGGACAGCGCCCGAGAGACGCCCAUCGGGCUAGUGCCAAAGGAAGGUGCCUUGAAUCUCAGCGGUCUGGGAGCCAUAGAUACCACCCAGCUCUUCUCCAUCCCUAAGGACUUUUGGGAACAGGAAGUUCGUGACAUUAGGGGCUACCUGACAGAGCAGGUCAACCAGGAUCUGCCCAAGGAGGUGCUGACUGAGCUGGAGGCCCUCGAGGGACGUGUUCGUAGAAUGUAACCUGGGGCUCCAGUUUAGCCAGAGAGCACAGCAUACUCCAACCCUCCACUGGACAGAAGAGCACCAGGAUUGCAGAAAAUAUAAGAAAUCUUAUAUAACUAACAUCUCCUGGGUGCCUUGAGGCCACAUGCUAUCCAAUAAGAUGUGCAUUCAUUUUACGUAACAUUUGUGUUUUCAUUUCCCACUUACUGUCACAGUCUUCCCUCUAACACCAAUUUCACGAUCUUCCAGCCCCUCCAAGUAGCUGGUGUCCCACAGAUAGCUCUACCCUUGGGCCACCUAAGUAGGAAUCAAUUGCUGGGAGAAGGCACUAUCUACUCUGUGUCCUGAGGUCUUAAAAGUGGGGACCUCUGGGAGCUACUCAGUAGGCCUCCAAGCCUAAAAUUAUUGAUCUUCUACUCAGACUAGCAGAAGCCUCUAUAACCCCAUUCUCCAGUGAAGUGGUUCCAUUGUCAAUUCUCAAAACUGUUCUUCCUCCUGGCUGACCUGAAAUUGGGACUCAUAAAAUAUUCCUGAAUGCUUAUUCAGUAUUUAGGACGGCUAAUACUUCUAUGGCACUUUCUGUGUGCCAGGCACUGUUCUAAACACAUUACAAAACAAACUUUUGAGGCAGGUACCAUUUUACAGAUGGA